AUGGAGAAUACCAGGGUGUUUGUCAGUGGGCUUCCGCCUACCUGCUCAAAUGAGCAGCUUCGCAGUCAUUUUGCUGGCCGUUUCACAGUGACAGAUGCUCAUGUCUUGCCCAAGAGGCGAAUGGGAUUCGUUGGGUUCAAAAGCAAUGAAGCCGCCCUGGAGGCCGUCAAGUACUUCAACAGAACGUACAUGAAAAUGUCCAGGAUCUCGGUAGAUCUUGCUCGACCGAUUGAUUCUCAACCUGCAGGGCGAUCGCACCCUACGAAAAGGAUGGAUGCCAGCAAUGAUGUGGAGAAUGUGCUCAAGCGUAAACGUGAGGCCGAUGCUCAGCGCCAGGACCCCAAGUUGCAGGAGUAUCUUGCCUUGACACAGGCUUCUAAGACAAGAACAUGGGCAAAUGAUGAUACCACAGCAAUGGCUUUGGCGGCCGAGCAAGCCGCGACCCCAACUAAUUCACAGAUCCCUGAAUCUAGGCCGACUGAAGAACUUCCUUCACAGCCCAAAAAGGCACGUGUGCAAGAACCAGUCAAUCAAGUGGAGGAUCGUCAAGUCGAAAUUCCAGAGAAAAUCGAUUCAGAAGGAAGUCCUGUGGAAACCUCGGAACAACCUGAUGAAUCGCAGUCUGCCUCAGGGGAGGCAGCUCCUGUAUCAGACAGUGACUGGCUGCGGUCCAAGACCAGCCGUCUCCUCGGUCUUCUUGACGAGGAGGAGCAGGCUGAUUUUGACCAGCAGAAGGCUACCCGGCCCGCUGAAUCACCGGUUUCUGAACAGGAGGAGUCUCGGACAACCGUCUUCGACGCAGGAAUCCAGCCUCAGUCGGAACGUCAGGACAUCUCCAUGCAGGACGCUGACACUGGCGAGCCCUCGCCUGAGCCCGGAAAACCCGACCCAAACGUUGAGCUCAUUCGUGAUUCUGCGCGUCUCUUUCUCCGGAAUCUGGCGUACGAUAUCACUGAUGCGGACCUCGAGCCGAUCUUUGCUCCGUUUGGGAAACUUGAUGAGGUUUGUGAUCCCUUCCUUCGUCCUGAUUCAAAUGCCCCUACCCACAUUUCCCCGUCGUGCUACCAUGUGCAAUCGCGCAUGCUCUGGCAGAGUGCUCGUAUGAUGAUCAUCCUGAUAGGGACAGCUUAUGCAAAAGCAAAUGAUGUCACCAGGCGAGAGAUUUUAAUUCACGUUGCUUUUGACACUCGGACUGAAACCAGCAAAGGCUUUGCGUACAUCCAGUACACGAACGCUGAUGCGGCCAUCGAGGCAUAUCAGGCUCUGGAUGGGAAGCAUUUUCAGGGUCGUUUAUUACACAUUCUGCCCGCAACGGCAAAGAAAACCUACAAAAUUGACGAUGUGGAACUGUCCAAACUCCCUUUGAAGAAACAAAAGCAAAUAAAACGUAAAUUGGGUGCCACUUCGUCCACUUUUAGUUGGAAUUCUUUGUACAUGAAUGCCGACGCUGUCAUGUCUUCAGUCGCCGACAGGCUCGGUGUCAGUAAAGCGGAACUUCUCGACCCAACGUCUUCCGAUGCCGCUGUCAAACAGGCGCACGCCGAAACUCACGUCAUCCAAGAAACGAAGGCCUAUUUUGCGUCAAACGGUGUCAACAUCGACGCAUUCAAGGAACGGGAGCGGGGGAAUACCGCCAUUCUGGUCAAGAACUUCUCCUUUGGCGUCAAGUCUGCGGAACUGCGAAGCUUGUUUGAGCCUUAUGGUCAGAUCCUUCGGCUUCUCAUGCCCCCGAGCGGCACCAUCGCUAUCGUGGAGUUUGCCAGGCCCGACCAAGCUCAAGCUGCGUUCAAGGGCCUUGCUUACCGGAAAAUCGGCGAUUCUAUCCUCUUUUUGGAGAAGGCCCCGAAGAACCUAUUCGACGGAACUGCGCAAACAUCUACUGUGCCCGAGGUCCAGGCCAAGUCGCAAGGAUUCUCCACAUCAGAUACCUUUGCCGCGGAUGAGCCUGACACGGGCAUCACUUCUACUCUGUUUGUCAAGAACUUGAACUUUACAACUACCAAUGAACGGUUCUUGGAGGUCUUCCGUCCGCUGGAUGGAUUUGUCACCGGCCGCAUCAAGACCAAGCCUGACCCCAAGAGGCCUGGCCAAACACUCAGCAUGGGCUUCGGAUUUGCAGAAUUCAGAACCAAGGCGCAAGCUCAGGCAGCUCUUGCGGCUAUGAAUGGAUACAAGCUCGAUCAACAUGAGCUUGUCAUUCGCGCUUCUCACAAGGGCAUGGACGCCGCCGAAGAAAGGAGGCGAGAGGAUACAGCCAAGAAGGUUGCCGCCCGAAGAACUAAGAUCAUCAUCAAGAACUUGCCAUUCCAAGUCACCAAGAAAGACAUCCGUGCGUUGUUUGGAGCCUAUGGUCAACUUCGUUCCGUGCGAGUACCGCAGAAGUUUGACCGUUCGGCUCGCGGUUUCGGUUUUGCAGACUUUAUCAGUGCUCGGGAAGCCGAAAACGCCAUGGACGCAUUGAAGAACACGCAUUUGCUCGGCCGCCGACUUGUUUUGGAAUUCGCCAAUGAAGAAGCAAUCGAUGCCGAGGAGGAGAUUGCAAAGAUUGAGAAGAAGGUGGGAGAGCAGGUGGACCGAGUCAAGCUCCAACAACUUACCAGCGGAGGCCGUAAGAAGUUCACUGUAGGGGGGAGGAGAGGAGGACGAGGCCUAAAAUUCCGUUGUCCUGACCCUUUUGAGGCCAGUUCCUCCUCGAGGAGAGAGAUCGCCCUGGGGAUUUGGGAUUGGUCAAGAGCCGGUCAAACUGGAGCAUCCCUUGCGUGGUGGGGGAAGAAGGACGAGACUCUCUACACACAAUCCACGCUUUGUUGGACUAAUCCUUGGAUCCUGUCAAUUAUGUACCUGCACUUUUAUUCAGAGAAAAGAGAUACCCCCGAACACGUUCCUGCGGCUGUCAAGUUGACGCCCGCAUUAGUUGAGAUCCGCCUUAGCUCGUGUGCCUUUCUAAACGUGCCCUACUGCGGGAUUCCCUUUUUGCCCUUUACAACCCUCCUAGUCAAGGUCUCCCGCCCUGAGUCCUACUGCCUGCCUCACUGA